AUGUUAGGUCUUGGGAUUGGGUUUGAUUCCAAGACUAAUGAAUACAAGGUUGUGAGGACUGCAUAUGUUGAGAAGGGAAUUGGGUUUGCAAUGCCCCCUAAGGCGACGAAAGAAUAUGGUGUGGCCAAGUCUUGGAGCAAACAAAUCAUUGUAGACCUAGAGGGAGGUUUGGGUAAGGCUUUGUUCCUGAGGAAUAAUGGUGAGAUACUAUCGACAGCAAGAGGUGCAGAGCCGGUAUCCUAUAAUGCUGGGACUCAACAAAGUAUGAAUCUUGGAAUUCUUGGCUCUAUGGGCUCAUUGUACGUGGAUACUUACAAGGACAGCCUUGCUCUGCUCAUCGAAGGUAAAGAAGACUCAGAUAUUUGCGUAAGCAAGAACAAAUCAUGUACCUCUGAUGGUGAGGAUGAAGGUGAAGAUAAUGGAGUUGAAAGCCUGAACUUUUGA